AUGGCAGCACCUCCGUCCACGGUGGUGGUGACACUGCUAUUCUUUCUGUGCACCACCACCACUAGGCCACCCUUUUUGGUGGUGGUUCGGUGGACCACACACCACUCCUCAGACGCCAGUGACCAGGCUAUGCUAGCAGGUUUAAACUUUGCCUGUGCAGCUGGGGCAGAUUGUGCACCCCUUCAAUCUUCUGGGCUAUGCUAUUUGCCCAACACAAUUCAAGCCCAUGCCUCCUAUGCCUACAACAGUUACUACCAGCGCAGGAACAAUGACCCUGCCUCCUGUUACUUUUCUGGCACUGCCACCAUCGCAAAAACUGACCCCAGUUAUGGAUCCUGUGUUUAUCCAUCAUCUCCUAGCACGGCAGGAGGGUCAGUUGGACCAGGAGGGAUGUCAGUACCAGGAACGCCGGCUAUAAGUGCAACACCUCCACCACCAGGAACCACCACUGCACCUCUGCUCGGCGCUGGAGGAUUAACACCGGACAUGGGAACUGCAGACCCCGACUCACCGAAAUCAUCUAAUGCUUCCCCAAACUUGUCAAUAAACGCAAUCUUGUUCCCAAAGGACCUGGCUGGUGUUAACAAAGAAGUUACUCCGUUGUUGGUAGCUACAUGGCAUCCACUCUGGUACAGCAGUUACACGGCGCACUAUAGAGAAGCCGAAUUUGGAGAUGACGGGAAUAGAAAGAAGAUGUCGAUUACGCAUGUUGAUGAACCAGGUAAAUGUCCCGAACCAUCCAUCACGCUAGAUUAUUUUAUAGGUGGAUUUUGUGCGUGCAAUUUUACAUCGGGUCCAGAAGCUGCUAAGUUUUAUUGGGAUCAACAACCUGAAUAG